ACGGGAAAUUCUUGUCCUCUUCCGCUGUGAUUUCAUUAGAAUAUUGUUAUCAUUUACUGGAGCUGAGUGGAAUAUUAGUUGUUUCGGCGUCGCGAACAAAGUGGGGAAUGCCGAACUUCCCGUAGAUUUUAGAAGUAUUUCUGUAUCAUUCUUUGACGAAGGGAGCUUUUUGGCAGCAACAUGGUGUUUACGGGUUCCGUCAAACUCACGGUGCUGGAGGCAAUAGACUUAAAACCGGCGAUGUUGGCUCAGAGAAGAGUCAAAUCUAUCGAUCCGUACGUAUCCGUUCAUGUGGAUGAUGUUCAUAUAGCGCAGACGUCUUCAAAACCGAAAACUUCGACGCCAAUUUGGAACGAGGAGUUUGAAAGUGAGAUAGAAAAUGGAGAGACAUUAGGAAUUACUGUAUUUCAUAACGCAAUUAUGCCGCCCGAUCCGUUUUUGGCGAAUUCGUCUGUGCCUUUGGAAGAGAUCAUCAAAUCAGGAACCUCUGAUAUCUGGGUACGGUUAGGACGAUUUGUUUGAGUUUCUCUUUCUCUAAAGGGACUUAAUUAGUCACAGUGCUGUCUAUUUCUUAUGCCAUUUUAUCAUGCAUCUCCAGAUUCCACUCGAGCCCGAAGGGAGAGUUCAUCUCUAUAUCGAACUUAAACCGGCCAUGCAAGGUAAGUUGUAAAUUUUCAUGUCGAGUUUCGAACCGUUUGUGAUGUCUCCUGAAUGAAACUUUUUUCUCAGAAUACCUUUUCGUUAUGCAAUUGUUUUCAUUUGAAAAACAACUUUCAUGGUAAUGUUUUGUUUUCACUGUCUAUGUGUGGAAUUCAAACGCCACGGAGCGAGCUUCGAUCGCCGCAAGAUGUUGCUUCGAUUUAGAGCGACUUCUUAUUCGUCAUGCAGACUGUGUGUUACAGAGCGACAAAGUGGUGUUUCAGGGUCGCUAAUAGCCGUGUAUUUAAGUAAUUCAUGUUUCAGGCAAAGUGCAGUCAAAUAGGAAUCGUGUUUUGUUGUUAUUGUCAACAGACAGAGAGAGGAAAGUGUUCAAGGAAAGGGAAGGCGGCAUCAAAGGCCGAAGAGGGGCUGUACGUAGAAGGGUGCAUCAAAUAAGCGGCCACAAAUUCAUGGCAACCUUCCUCAGACAGCCGACUUUUUGUAGCCACUGCAAGGAGUUCAUCUGGUGAGAAGGACAUUUUAGUGUUUCAGUUUUCGUAUUGUGUUCUUUUGUGGAUGAUUUUGCAUGAAAAUGAUCCAUAAUUUACGCUUUGGUUGUGUGACUGAAAGCCAACGUGUCUACUACCAUAACAAAAAGCAACAAUGACAUUUUCCUUUUCAGCUGGUCUGACCGAUUAGUUUCCUUUUGCAUUUGAAUUUGAUCCUAGACAUUAAACGGAUAGAGCAGUUGCCCUCAUGAUAGCUUUUACUUGCAGAAUGGCUUCUUUUGAAAUUUUGCUCAAUAAACGCUUUCUUUUGGAGUUACCCUGAGUGACAACCUUCUUGUGACUCACAAUGAAGGCACGCUUGACAUUUCUUCUCUGAGCUUUGAAAGUAUUUGUUUACCAAGCAAUAUCAUAACAGCUUUUACUAGGGUAUUAAACAUUUUACGAAGUCGCUCUUUCAGUACAAUGAAUCUUUAAAAAAACACGCUCUGAACUUGGAAGUGUCCUACUUCAUUGUAUUCGUGCAGAGAAUAAAUCACCCUUUUGCAAAGCUUUUGCACGCGAUCUAAGUAACCCACCGACGUGACCAAUUUAAAAGCUUUGAACAAGAGGACACUGUACCUUAAGUCACAAAGAAAGAGUGAAAAGGCGGCAAUAAGUUGAAUGGAAUAAGAUUAAACCUAUUAAAAAUUAAUCUAUGUCUAAAAACCGUGGAUAGCUUCCCGUUUCAUUUUCUUGCGUGUGACUUCUCUUGUAAACACUUUUAGGAUAAAUGAAAUGCAUAAUUUUGUUUUGAAUGCGUGGUUUGCGAUCUUCUCUAGUCGGCAACCACAUGUCUAUUAUUUGUUUUGCCAGGCAUAUCCACAGUUACUGUGCGACUAAGCACCUUACAACGGCUUUGACACAAUGAUUAUGUUUCAGUACGAUCAACUGCGAGAGCAAUUUUGCGAAAUAAGUUAUUUUUCUCUUUGAAGCAUCUUUUCACGCUAUUGAUGUACAGUAAUUAAUGUGAAUGCAAUUUUGUGUUGUAUACUUUUAAUACUAUUGUCUUUUUGUUGAAAUUAAGAAACUGUUUGGUUUUUAUGCCUCAGACUGUUACAUCAUGAGAAAUUUUCAGUUCUGCCUUGAUAUAGAGAUAAAGCAAAUUUUGCAGAACUUUGUGAUGAUGUGAAGGUUGCUUGUGAAUUUGAUUAAUAUAAACAAAUUUGUGAAACCAUUACUAUCAGUGAUAUGGAAGGAAAGUUAAAGAAUUUCAGCUGGUUUGAAAUAAUACCAAGUCAAAAAGAUCUCUUGAGGAAAAUUGGAAUUAUAUUUUUCUAUUCGAGGGUAAAUUCAGUAAGCAACAAGGUAACUAAGCUACCCGUAAUUCAUUUUAUUCCAAAAUUACAGAAAAAUCUCUCAAAAGUAUGAAAAUUGUGUGAAUUAUGAUCAAACAUCAAAAUAUUUUUGUUAAUGUAUUUGAUAAUGAAGAAGUUGUCAGGUUCUAAAUAUAUUUAUUACUUUGUGGAAAUCAUUGUAUGUAGUGUAACAGUUGAAACAGAAGUAUAUGUUUACAGCUUCUCACUGCAUGGGUGCAAUCAAGGAAAGAGAAGCCGCGAUCUGCGCUUAAGUUCAAAGGACUGAUUUCUAUUACUGUUUUUGAUUUAACCCGACUAAAGAACCCGACCUUCAAUUGUAUACCUUCGAUCAUGUUUACCUUAAACAUGUCUGUUCAUUCUGCUGCAUUUCUACAGGCUUGUCUCUUCUGGGGGAAAGGAAGUAUCGGUAAUAUCAAAUGAGUGCAAAAUUGCUCUGGUAUGACUGAGUAAAAUUCUGUUAUUUUUCUUAUUGUCAUAUGUAAAUGAAAUGAAAUAAUAGCUUAGCGAAAGCGGAAGAGUCUUGCCAGCUAGAAAUCACAUGACUGCAAAAGAACCAACGCGAAAAGGCCACUACCUGCCACGCAUAAACUGGAGGAGCUAAAAAUUUGUUGUUUACGUUUAGGAUUACAGAAUCAUAUUUUACUCUGUGUCAAAUUACAACUGUAACAAUAGCAAAAGUGAGUAUACUGUAAGUGUAGUUUUAGGAAACACAGAAUCUGUGUAUCUUCCCUUUCAGUUUUAUUUUGAUUCUUACAGGGAAGUAUAGAUAUAUACUUGAACUAAAACCUGAAUAGGCCUUGUGGAAUGAUGACUGUGGAAGGACGCUUUUUUGGGGGUUGAACAUUAAAUGUUGUUCUCCCUUAGUCUUUGACUUUGGGGUUGCAUAUUAGACAUUUCUUUUCCCAUAGUCUUUGACCAUGAAAUCGUAAUCUCGAAAGCUGUUUUUGAUGAAUCUUGAUCUUGACAUGGAAAUACCUUAACAUGUGGUGUAUUAGAGAAAGAAAUAGAAGGAGGAAGUUAACAAACAUAUAUUGCUCACCUCUGAGACUGACUGACUUGUUCAAAGUGCAAUAUAGAUGCUUACAGAGAAAAAAUUUUUUUGUUAUCAUUAGCUUUGGAAGUAUACUGUGAAAGAGGAGAAUUUUAAGUCUACACUUUGUGAAAAGCUGUGGUUUAUUGAUAUGCAACUGCAGAACCAGAUCUUCAAUCGUAUACCUUCAAUGAUGUGUAGCUUAAAUGUGUUUGUUCGUAUUGAUACAGUUCUAGAUUUCAAUGAAAAGCUGCUCAGGAAUGACAUUUGUAAAUAAUUUCACUUAUACUUAGGGGGUUGUCAAGGCUGUCAAUUCAAGCUCUGAUCAAGACUUGUGACCUUUUGUAAUAAAAGGUACAAACUCCAAGAAUUGAUCAACAUGAGGCAUGAAAAUCAGGAGUUUCCCAGUUGACUUGGAUAUGUCUUUCUUCAGGGUUUGGAUUAUUAGGAAAUAGCGUCAAGCUUACAAGACAUUCGACAAUGAACCACAUCUCACAAUUUUUAUUGCUUUGGAGGAGUUAAAUUAAUCUCCUGAUUAAUCGCAACCACUAUUUUUGUCCUCACUCUAAAUUUUAAAAAAAAGAAAAUUUUUUUCUUGUUUUUGAAAUCUUGUUAAUCCACUGAUCCACUCCAUUGCUUUGAUGAAAUUUUCAUCACUUGUCUUUAUUUUUUUGUCUUGUCAUGUGAUCAAACCUUGUAUAUGUUGUACUUUGGAUGUUGAUAUUUAAUAAGUUCUUUGCAUUUCAGACAUUUUAUCUUAAAAUCCUCAAGUUAUCAUCAAAUGCUUUUCAUUCAACUGAUUUAUUCUCUGGUUUUGCAUGUUACCAUGUUCCCACCAAUAGCAAAACUAGUUCUUUCUCUAGGUAAACCACACGCAGCCAGUUAUCCCUUAAUUUUCUCUGAUGAAGGGCAAACACUUGAAUAGUCAGCUUUACAAUCUCUUUACAGUGGCCACUCAAAGUUGAUGAAGCCCGAAUUAUUAAGUGUAAUAGGCUUAUUUUGUAGAGUAAUCCUAUACUUAUCAGUAAAAUUCUUCUUUAUACCCAGCUGCUAUUGCAGAAGGUAGUAUAGCAUUAAAACUAUUCCUUGUUUCUGGAGAGGCCUUUUAAGUUCAAAUAUUUCAUCAAGAUUAUGCAAAUUGCACUUGGAAAAGAGUAUACUAACAGCUCCUUAAAAAUCUUUUUAUCCUGAAGGUAAUUUCACAAUUGUUUUGUUUCAUUAUGUAUGGCACAAAAAUUCAUGUUUUUAGUUCUGCUGUUCUUACAAAAAGUGUUUUCACCCGUUCAGUUUUGAGAUUAAAAGUUAGAAUGUUGAAAACAAGCAUGCUUUGAAAUAGGGUGGUAUUGUGUUGUUAAAAGCAGUCUGAAGAAAGCUCUAAUGCUUCAGUGCAACUAACUUUUGGUUAAUUGAAAAAUUCCUAUUCUGGUGGACUAGUUGUUUUUUGUAGAACCCUCAAAAGUACGAGAAACAUGUAUUCCAUGUCUUCAAUCAGAUUGAGACAUGCUCUUUCUUUAUGCCAACACGAGUUGUUUCAUUAUCCCAGUUUGUGGGUUUGAAAUCAUCAGCAGACAACAGCUGCUCAAAUAUGUUCGUAUGAGCCAAAUAUUAUGCUAAAACCACAGUGGUUUUGGUAAUUAAAAGCCUGAUGAUUUAUGGAGCUGUGGUUAAGCUUUUUUAGCCUUUUAAUAUCUUCUAAUGGCCAGUGGUUUGAAUGGGAUCAUUGCAUUAAAGAGAAGCUUUUUCACAAGAGGCACUCUAAAACUUGAGCAAAAGAAUUGUUGUUGAAUCAUUGGAAACAGGCAGUAAAAUUGUGAAUUUGUUAUCAAUAUACCAACAGUUUUGCAUUUCAGUGUUGCCUGUUUGGGUUUAGAAAAGGUUUUGAUGUGAAACUUCAAUGAAAAAGAGAGAGUCAGAGUUUGGUUAAAAUAAGAGGGGGUUCUUAUGUCAAGAUGUCUAUUGGGCUAAAUAUGCCAGGUCUGUUGUGCAAUACCUUUUUUGUAAAAUCUUAAUUAUACACAUUUUGGAUUUUUUAUUCCCAUGUUUAAUAUUUUAACAUUCACUAAUUGUAUGGACUCCACUUCAGUCUAGACUCGGUACUUUUCCCCUAAUUUUACCAGGAACAUGUUAUGUCUGAUUCAUGUGAUAAUGCUUUUUGAAAAAUCUUAAAAUCUUAAAAAUCCAAAACACAUUUUGGAUUUUUGUGGUUGCUUGAAAAUUGCCCAUUUUUGUUUUUGUGAAUUACUUCUAGAAGGUAAUGAAUCCACCAUAGGAUUGUUACUUUGAUAAGUUCAAAGGUUGCAAGAAUCCAGUGUUCAAAGUUGCCACUCUUUUUUUUUAUCCCAAGCUCAUUUAGAGCCAGACAUCUGGAGGCCUCAAUGUGGGAUGCAUUGAUUGUUAUCCAUGGGUACUCCAGUUUUACAUGGAAAAUAAUAAAUCUAAUGUUAACUCUCAAAAGAACAGGAAUGAAAAAAUAAAGCCAAAAAAAAAGUCAGCAGCACAGGACAUGUGUAGUCACCCAUCCACAUAGUAUCAUCAGCCAAUAGAGCUCGACUUAAGUGAGAAGCACAAACAUGUGGCUAAUUUCUGUAUCUGACUUUGACGAUGCUCAUGCAAAUUUUUAACAUGGUCUGCCACUUGCAUCCCAAGUAAUGGUUACAAUGUAAAGAAAGUUAAACAUUUUUGCAAUUUGAUUGAAAUGAAACUAAGCAAUUCUACCAAAAUGGAAAUAAAAAAUAUUAAUAAUUAAAAUAAUUCUAGUAGUGGUAUUGAUAGCAGUGGUAUGAAUGGUAGUAACAGUAAUGUUAAUAAUAACAAUACUACAUUUGCAAUGAUAAAGAAGAUAAUAAUUAUAAAGAGAAUAUAAUACUUGUGAUAAUGGUAAUAAUUGAUAUAAGUAAUAAUUAAUUAAAAAAAUGACAAUAAUUAUUCCAAAGGUAAUAAUUGGUAUUAGUAUACACCCCACAAGUGAAUAGUGCUUUUAGCACAUGCUGAUUGGCUAGUUCAGAGGUGAAUGGCAAGUGCUAUUCACCUAUGAGAAGCUGAAGAGACAAAAUCACAGGUUGAUGUUAAUUUCCAACUAUUUUUUGUUAUACUGAAAGAAAUAGUUUAAACUUAUUUUUUUGGGUAUCUGUGUGCUACAUACUUUCACCUCACUGUCACUGAAAGUGGUGGAUAAUGACAAUGAUGAUAAUGAUAAUGUUGAGAAUUAUGAUAAUGAAAAUUUUCACUGUGAACAAUGUCUAGAAUUUAAGCAAGGUGUACCUUAAGAGAGCUGUUUUGAAAAUAGUAGCCUUUUUAGGCUUUUUCCCUGGUUAUUAUUAUGUUAAUGGAUAAAUAAUUCAAGAAUAAUGUUGAGUGGCACAACCUUUUGUUGGAAUUUUGAUAGAAUGCAACACAGUUGUGUUGUUUAAAAGAGGACACAAUGCUCGGGUGUAACUGGUGAUUAGCUACAGUUAAAGAUUUUGAAACAUGAAUGGUGAAAUCUACUCUCUAAGCAUGUUCUAUCAGGUUGUCACAGAUCAUCAACCUCCUUCCUGGCCAUAACUUUAGGGGGGUUUCCAUGACAGACAGGGUUGCUGGUAGAUCUGCUUCAUUGUAGCCUUCACUUAAAUUUAUAUUUAAGUGAAGUGAUAUAUAUAUAUUUAAUCCUCUUCAAAUUGCUUGACAUCUAGGCAAGGCAACAUAAAUUGGAGUAGACCAUGAAAUGCAGAAAAAUGCAGAUGCAAGAGUCUAAACUUCUAGUUUAUGGCCCAGACCUCUAAACGUCUUCAAAACUACCUGCCUUCCAUUCAAAACUGCCCAUUUGCACCAAAUGUAUUCAGAUUGCUGCAAAGUUUAUCUCUGUUUUUUUACAUUGCCAAAGGAGAAAAAUUUGACACUUCCCUCCCUCUCCCCUCAAGUCAGAUUUUUCGAGGGUGUGGCCUGGUUAGUAACAUCAGUCAAUUUUUUUUUUAUCUAUAACCCUUUGCACCCCAACAUCAUUAUCCAUAUUCUCAAUACUCUUCUUUAAGCAUUUUCUUUGGACCGACAAGGAGACUUUUUUUAACAAUCAAAGCUUCCUAGUUUGGAAAUUAUUUCCUUUUUCCAUUGAUCAUAAUGAAUGAUUCAGCAGUAUUAAUUUGGUGAUAAACAGAAUUACACGAUGGUUACUCUGAGUUAAAGAGUUUACUGACUAUCUGCCCUAUUGUUUUACCUUUUAGGGGCGUCAUUAACAAGCAAGGCUAUCAAUGCCAAGGUGAGACUUUCAUCAUUACUUGAUAGAUGAAAAAACUUUUGUUAAUACUGUAGAUUAGGGAAAGCUUGCAAUACUUUUUUUGUUGACUGUGAAAUAGCAUCUUGCAAACACUUGUUUAAAAGUACAAGUUGCUGUUCUGGCCAUCUGUAAAUAAAGUUGAAUUUUCAUGUUCUUUUUCUGCUUUGCAAAAAAAUUAAUCCUUUAACUCUCAAGAUCUCAUAGGUAGUUCUCUUUACUUCUCCCAUACAGUUUUUGUGAUGUUAGUUUGGAGAAUUUGGUUUUGGAUCAACUUAUAAUUCCCUAACUGAUAUUUUUCUAUAUUCUCAUCACUUGUCUGCUUGUUAUUGUAUGAUAUUGCAAGGAGAAAUUCUGUCUUGAUCACUCAUGGGAGUUAAAGGGUUAAUUGAUUUUGAUUUUACUCAUUCAUUUAUUCACCUAUUUGUUUAUUUUUACUUACUUAUUCUCUUGUCUGGAUGAAUAAGAACUACUAUUUAUUCAUUCAGUCAAGUUAUGAUUUUGAUGCUUUUAUUUUGUAUGUCUUAUUUUUGUUGUUGUUGUUGUUGACAGUUUGCACAUGUGUCGUUCACAAGAGAUGUCAUUUAGAUAUGGUCUCCCAAUGCUCUAAAGAAAGGCAAGAGUCCCCAGAAGUUUUACCAGAAGAUGACAAGGUAUUGAAUUGUGUAACACAUAUACACUAAUUGUAGAAAUUCUCACAUGCUCUUUGGGGGAGGGAGGGGGGGUCUUUAUAAACUGUUGAAUUUUGGUUUAUUUGUGUUAAAGAUAGGUGAAUGAACAUGAGACAUUUAGAGUUAAAAGUUUAUUUAGGAUGAGUCAGUUAGUCUUUUAGUAUAUGUGUUGUGAUGUGCACCCUGAAACAAGGGGUUCUCCAAAAAGAACUUGUGCUAUGCCAGAUGCGAAGAACCUCUAAAAACCACUAAAAAACCAUUCUUUGGAUGUGGCCAAAAAAUGUGUGGAAAUGUAUUCCUCAUCAAAUGCAGCAGCACAAUACCCUGAGGAAACUGUAAACUAACCUGGUUGCAUUACUAAGCACAAAGAAAAAUCAGUGGUUGUAAUGAUGUUUUACAGGUAGUUGGAAUACAAAUAUUACAACCAAUACAGAAAAGAAAGUGGUCAAACAUAAGACUGACCGACCUAGAAUGAGAUAAUUUCCUGCCAAAUGCUUAAAUAAUCUGAUACUUCCAUGAUGACAUGCAAACCUCUUCAACAGGCCAUGAAAAUAUUCAUUUCUGACUAAUUCAUUCCCAUGUCACUCAAGCGUCAGAAAUUCACUCUCUUAUGAACAAAUCAGGGUGGGCAUUAUCAUUGUACUGUGUGUCUUGUCCUUUAAAUCGCAGAGGUGAUUAACAUGUAACUUCUCCCUUUAAUAUCCAAACAUUAUCCAGCAUAUUGGUACUGAGAAUGAACUCUGAGAAUGUGGCCAACCUGUUACUUAUGGUGAAAAUGGUUUUUCUAAUUUCUUUUUAUUUGAAAUACUUAGCAAAAAACAUUGGGCAGCUUUUAAAGUAGCUUCUAGUUUUGUGGUGAAGGCCAGUUAAUGAUGUGCUUUGCAACACCAGACAGUCAUAUUAAUUUGAUGUCUCAGACUGUAGAAGUAAGAGAACUCAAUACAUAAUGGUUAUUAAGUCCUUGAGAUGGAAUGCUCUGGAAUCUGUCUCAAUUUUUACCUCUUGCAAAACUUUAUUGAAGACACUGGUGAUCAGACAAAUUACUUGUAAUAGUGUUUUUGUUGCAUGUAACUUUUCUUCCAAACGUUAGGACACAGGCAUACACUUCGAGAGAACUAUUCAUUUAUCCAGGAGAUUAUGCACCAUUUGUGAAAAUGACCUACACUUUGAUUGUAUUGUGUCGUCUGGGAUUGUAUUCUGCCACUGUCAUAUGCAGUGCGUUUUUCACUGGCAAAUAUCAUAUAAAAUAGCAUGACGGAUAAAUAUCAUAAAAACUUUGGCUAGACAUUUUUAUUGCUCAUUAGGUGCGGUAAGUCCAAGGUCAUCGGCUGGUUUUAAUCAUUUGUCUAAUCUUUUGUUAUUAAAAAAUAGUUUAUAUUGGCUAAUGGCACUUACUUGUCACAAAAUGAAAGUUAUGAAAGAAAAACAUACUUACAAUUAGCUUUUACCUAGAUGAAAGCUAGAUUAAUUAUUGGAAAAGCAUGGAAAUUUGCAAACUAAUUUUCAAGACCUAGGAGGAGUAUGGAACAUAGAAAUUUACUUUUAAAGAUGAGAAGUAGUCCAGUUUUUUUUCUGAAAGAUGCAACAAGUACUUAUUUGCAGGAUAGAUCUUUGCAAAGGAACUGGCCAUCAAGAAUGUAAAAUUUCUUUAUUAGCUGCCCCUAGGAGAUUGUGAUUAUUUUGAAGACUGUGUUCCUUAGGUGAUCAUCAUUACUAGUUUGGUUGGCAGUAUUUCAGAAUUUGUGGGAGAAACUGUGUACUGAUCACUUAUGGGAGUCAGCCCCACAACACUUAGAAGUGAUUUGCAAGUAAAUUCUCCAUAAAAAUUGAAAAUAUCCAACAGAGCUGACGAGAAUAAACAAACUUGUCAGCAAAAGGCUUUAUCUUGAUGUAACACCAAAUUCUCUUAAAUGUUGAACUAGCAAAUGUCUAGCAGCUAAAAGAAUAUAAGAAAUUGGUGAAUUGGAGUUGAAGGGAUGAAGAGUUUCUAGAGAAUUUCAAGACUGAUGAGGUGUUUUUCGCGCCCUACCGCCUUAAAAUGCCCCAGCAGAAGAUCUUUUGCUUCACUACUGACCGUUGAUAAUGAAGUAUUAUGUAAUAUAGAGGGGAAUUUUAGUUUACAAUUAUUAUAAUGGUUUUGUUUUUUUUUUCCAGAGUGGACUUGGGCGGCAAAGUUCGAUUUUUCGUCGGUUCAACGUUAAUAUCCCGCAUAGGUUUAAAGUUCACAAUUACAGAAAACCGACAUUCUGUGAUCAUUGUGGUUCUCUAUUGUAUGGUAUUGUGAGACAAGGAAUGCAGUGUGAAGGUGUGUAAAGCAUCUAGUUAUCUUAUGUACAAUUUUACGCAAAUGGCUAACUAAGUUACAGCAUGACCACCAAGAACAGGGCACCAAAUUGGCAACUUUCACUGCCAAUUUGUUUGUCAAUGUAUGUUAUCACUCCUUGUGGUGUCCAAAGCGGUUGCAGCAUGGAGUGCUGCUGGUCAAUUUAUUGUCUUUAAAAAAUGCAGGCGGUGUGUUCCUUAGUUUUCCUCUUAAUCUCAGAUCUCCCAGCAUAUCCGGCCAUUUAAAGAAUCGUGAUUUCAUAUUUUUUGCAACUCAUUUGUUGUGAUCCGUUCCUUUCCCAGCUUGUAAACUAAAUGUUCACAAGAGAUGUCACAUGCGCGUUGCAAAUAAUUGUGGAGUGGAUCCCAAGAAGAUGGCAAGCUGUUUGAGGGAUUUAGGACUCACUGUAAACAAGCUCUCAGAAUCAAUGAGAGUAAAAAAGGUUUGCAAAUAAGAUUUUUUUUUCAAGUUGAAUGACUAAUGAGAAAUUUAACUACAACAAGCUUAUUUCGCUCUUCACAUCACCUGUCACCGUCACAAAGGCAAACUCAUAAGGAGAAUUUUUUGCAACUUUGUUACAUCUGGCAUCUGCGAGUUCUUAAAAGUUUGGUGGCGGCAACUCCUCAUCAGAUUAGUGCAGAAGCUUUUCAAAGCCUUCCCCCACCUUCCACUGAUCCAAUCGUUGUUGAUGAGUGCCUGGAUUGGCAACUUAUGGUGGGCCUGCGCGGAUUUGCCACAGGCGAUAUUCUAGCUUGGGGCUGGUUGCCCACAACGUCCCCUUUACCUCUAAAGCUGCUACUCUACAGACUCUUCUGCUCUCUUGCGUGAUUAAUAAAUUUCUUCUCCUUUACCCAACAGCCAUCAAUCCAAUAUAAUGGAUCGGACAAGAUGAUACCUUACGAUCGCUCUUCAUCACAAAUGGCACUCAUGGAUGCUCAGGAGAACGACAGCGACAUUGGAUCUUUUGGCUCGCUCUCUAUAAAACCUGACGACCUGGAAGCUUCCCCCGGAGCUAGGAGACGACAGAAGAAAAUUGGCCUGUCGGACUUCAAUUUUAUUAAAGUUCUUGGGAAGGGAAGCUUUGGCAAGGUCAGGACUAACUCCUCUUGUUCGUCAUAAAUCAGGGUUAAGAUUCUCGUAGGUGAUCUGCAAUUUAAGCAAUUCCAGAAAAGACGCCUGACAAACUCAAGGCUUUGACGGGAUUCGAACCUAGGCCUCCCAGAUAAUAGUUGGGUGCGACCACCAACUGAACUACGAGGUCGCAUCUUGGGAGGGAGGGAUACUGAUCAAUGGCAUACCGGCUAAUGGCACUCUUUAUAGAGUGCAUUACCUCAUAAAAAGCGAUAAGACUUUAACUCUUUGAAGAAAAUUUCAUUAAGUUCGAUUUCUCGUAAAUUUUGGAUUCUUUUUCCAGGAGAAUAGACAAUAUCUUGUAUUUUUAAUUUUCAAGUGAAAUUUUGCGCGAAGACAUUAUAUCUUCAAAUGUGAAGAUAACGUGUUAUCUUUAAACAUGAAAAGGUCGCUGUUGCUAUGGUUUGAUAUAAAAAUCGCCCUUUCGAUGCAGCGUCUUUGACAGCUUCGCUCACUCGUGGAACUAUUUUUCAACCCGAAGAGAAAUUUCAUAUCUCCGCGCGGCCAUGUAAUAUUCUCUUUAUAUUUGAAUUGAAUUUAACUGCUAUCUCUCAUUAUAUGGAUAUGUACUUUUUUUCUUGUCUCCCAGGUUUUGUUGGCUGAAAAAAAGAGCACGGAUGAAAUUUAUGCCAUUAAGAUCCUAAAGAAGGAAACAGUUCUGCAAGAUGAUGAUGUCGAAUGUACAAUGAUUGAAAGACGAGUUUUAGCGCUAUCUGCAGGUCACCCAUACCUCACAGCCCUUCAUUCCAGUUUCCAAACAGCGGUAAAUAACAUUUUUUUCGUUUUUGCAACACCAACCGAGUCUCUGUGCAGGCUGGGUUGCCCAAGGUUUUGAGCGUUCGAGGAAAUCCUGGAAAGGGGUCGUAAGUCUUGGAAUACCAUGGAAAACUCGAUAAGAGUUGCAAGAUAAAAAUAACUAAAUGACUAACUCUCUUUAGAGUUUUUACCUGGUAAUUGAUAGGUAAAAAAAAAAAAAAAAAAAAAAGGGUGAAGCAUAUAUUCGAGCCAAUUAACUCACCCAGCCGGAAUUUAUCUCGGUCCCCAUGGCACGACGCGACUAGGAGUGUUGCUACUCCUCCCUGGGUGGGAUGCAAGAUCAUUGCAAGGUUACCCCCCCUCCCCUUCAGCAUUUCAUUAGGCUUCCCUAUUUUACUCCUUGGUGGAGAGAAGCAUUGUGGGAGUUAAGUGCUCCGUUGAUUUUGGUUCUAUUUUUCUGUUUCAGGAUCGGUUGUUUCUUGUGAUGGAGUAUGUGAAUGGUGGUGAUUUGAUGUUCCAAAUUCAAAAGGCUAGAAAAUUCAACGAGAAGAGAUCUAGGUACCCGCCGGCCAUGGUUAAUUCUAUGAUUUUCUGUCUAAAGUCUUUUAUUUUUCUGACAGGCACAUUCUUAAAUGAAUUUUUAUUGCAUAUGUAGAUUUUACGCUUCAGAGGUUGUACUGGCGCUUCAGUUCCUUCAUAAGAAUGGAGUUAUAUAUAGGUAAGUAACAUUUCAUUUGUUAUGAUUAGCCAUUUCUUCUCUUCUCUUAUAGAAGAAAUUUUAGAAUACUGUGCUUUAGCAAUUCCAGGCGCAAAAGGCGACUAAAUGUUGUCCUUUGGCGACUUGUACAGCUUAACCCUCUUUGAAAGCUCUGAAGAAUAGAGCACCAUAGGCGUCUGAGAUCAGAGCCUUCGAGCACUAAGCGAUUCUACGAAGACAGCUUUGCCAAACGAGUGCUUUCAUAAUCAAGAAUUUGGAUAUGUAUUGCGUUAAGGAAUCGGUAGACACUCAUUUGCUUCAUUUAAUCUCUCGUCACCAUAUCACCCCUGAAUCACAUAUGAAGGUCACGAGAAUAAAGAAACUGAUCACUAACUGAAGAAGCUCUUGAUUGUUAGACAAAUUCUCCUUGUCAGCACCGUAGGAAAUGUAUGCCGAACAGUAUGGAGAAUUUGCAUACUGAUCUUAGGGUGUAAAGAGUUAAACCACCUCUUAACAACUGGAUUUAUUUCCAACAGGGAUUUAAAAUUGGAUAACGUACUACUAGACAGAGAUGGUCACAUCAAGUUGGCUGAUUUUGGAAUGUGUAAGGAACGAAUGAAGCCGGGUGAAUUUACAAACACAUUCUGCGGAACGCCGGAUUACAUUGCUCCAGAGGUGAGACUGUUUUGGAGUCGUUCUUCUUUGUAGAAGUUGCUAUCGGGGAUGGGGACUUUCCCGAAGUUAGCUUUAUAAUGACGCGCGUUACCCCAUAAAAAGUGUAUUUUACCCAUGAGAAGUACUAUCUCUUCUCAAUAAAAAACAAAAACGUACGUUUUACGAAAAUCUUCGAUAGACUUUGAGCCUAAAGACGCCUAUCAGUCGAUUAUGGCAUCUGGUCGCAAACUUGACAGCCUUUCCUUACAGCAAUUUUUUAUCACGCUCGACUAUUGUUAACCUUAUAUAAUUUAGUUCUUUGAUUGAGUUGCUAAUGUAAAUUGGCCACCGUGAAGAGUUUCUAAGCUGACGUUUCGAGCGCUAUCCCCUCGUCAUAGCAAGUAACUUUAAAUUCCCUGGAUGGAUUUUUUUUGUUUGUUAAGUUUUGGCGGGAAAUUAAUAUCAUUCUUUUGGGGUGUUCCGUAACCUGCGUUCUUAGUCCCAAUUGUGAACGCCUUCUUAUCGUAACAAGUAAAUCCGCCCCAUUUCUAGCUAUUUUUGCACAGUAGAGUGAAUAGACCUUCUGUUGUUGGGACGUAUGUGACUUGUAAUGUCAGCCGCUUUUAUUAACAGCAACCUUUCGUAACCACUUUCUGCUAGAUAUUAAGUAUUUUUAUUAUCUCCAGUCCUUCGCUUUUCGGAUUCACUUCGUAAAUUGGUCUUGUGUUAUGUACUGUUUCACUAUAAAGGAUGAUUUAGUGGUAGGAAUCCUGGCUGGUUCACAUCAGUGAAUUUCUAUUCCUAUUUGUCUCAGAUUCUUCAGGAAAAACCCUACGGAUUCUCUGUUGAUUGGUGGGCCCUAGGAGUCCUUAUGUACGAGAUGAUGGCAGGACAGGUUAGGGAAAACAGGUUUUACUUUUAAUUUAGUUAGGAAACAAAAAAAAGAAAACUUUGGAAAUUCUGAGUAUCAGAACCCGAGAAAUUUCGACUAUUAUAAGUUGUGAUGGGAAUAUAGUGUUUAUUUGUUUGUUUGUUGAUUUAAGUAGAACUUGACAGAUUUAACGAUCACUAAGAUCUGUUCGGGAUCCUCUUGUCUCGCACAGCGUCCUCUUCGCUCAACUUUAAUUAGCAGGUCAUCUGCAGGUCGAAGUAAACUGGGAUUGUAAAAGGUUUUGCUUCACCCUUUACACCCUUAUAUCAGUCAAGCUAUUCUCCAUGCUGUUCUCCUUACAUUUUCUAAGAUGCUAAUAAGGAGAAUUUGUGUAACAAUCAACAACUUCUUUAGCUGCUGAUCAUUUCCUUUAUUCUCAUGACCUUAAUGUGUGAUUCAGGGGUGAUAUUUUAAGAAGAAAUUAGAUGCUAGUCACUCUUACCGCUUUAACUCGUAAUUGGCCCCAAUUGUCACGUUAGGCGAGUUGUAGCCUGUCACGGCUAAUCGCAACGUUAGUGAUUUCUCUUAAGCCUUUAUCAUCAAGUUUUAAUUUGCUCAUCUGCUUGCGAAGACUGUUGGACUGGAAACACCAACUUGUACUUUCAAUAUUGUAACCGAAGUUUGUAAUGGGUUUGGGAAGAGAAGCAGUAAUUGCUUAGUUUUCAACGUGUUAUCUUUGUUUCUCAGCCACCAUUUGAGGCCGACAACGAAGACGACUUGUUUGAGUCCAUUUUAAACGAUGAUGUGCUUUACCCAGUAUGGCUCUCCAGAGAAGCUGUCUCAAUACUGAAAGGGGUAAGAAUUCUGCAAUAUGUGCACCUCAUGUAUGACAAUAUAUUUUUGCUGCCGUCAUUGUGAGAGGUGGAUCUAGGGAAGGGUCCAGAGGGGCACGCCACCCCCCCCCCCCUUAUUUUGGGUAAAAAAAGAGAGAAUCGCAGAAGGAAGAGAAGCCGGUAGGGCAAGCGACCAAAAUGGAUUCUGGAUUCGCCACUGAUCGUUAACAUUUUUCUUCAUUAGCAUACGUAGUUUCGGGUGACAGUAGUCGAGUUAAGGGAUACAUCAUUUCGAGAAUUGAAGGAGCGUCUCACUGUUUGAAACAUGUGAAAUUUGUCUCUUCUUGUAUUUCAAACUCUUUGAAAUAAUCGCCAUCACGAACGGUCAACUUUCUGGGUGGCAAAAAUGUUAACGAGCCUUUAUAUUGCUGGUGAAAUUUUCAAUUUUUGUGGCUACUGCCUCUCCUCGGAGGCGAAGCCACAAAUGUCGUCGAGAUGAGCGAGUGAGGGAGCGUAACAACAGAAUUCCGAUCUCGACCUAAUUCUGACCCGAUGUUUCACGGUGUGACUUAUUGUUUGUUUCGGAGUGUCCAUGUAGUUCGACAUUCGCACUCGAUACACAGUUGAGUUCUCUCCUUUUGUGAUUUUUGGCUUAUAGGCACCAGCGCAUUAUGUUUUCAUUUUUUGCCGCGACACCACAGAAGACAGCAGAAGACGAUAAACAUUUCACAAUCAUUUCAGGAUUGCGCGCGAUUAAAAACAAAAGUUUUCUCCGCAGAAAUAUCUUAAUAAGUGUGAUCGGCGCUUCGUGAAACUCAGAGGAAUUUUUUUUCUUUGAAGAAAGAGCAUUUUAUCGUUUAAAUCAGGAAAUUAUGUUGAUCAAAAGAUACAAUCUUUUCAGUUCUUUCCGUAAUACUACAAAAGACGAUAAACGAUUAAACAUAAUUAAUAGUAGCAUCCACCAACGCGUGAAAGGGUGAAGACUUGUACCUUUUCUCAACCUCUUUUUUGGCUCAAACGUUCACGCGCAGUUUCACGCAUGCUUUCUUGGCCUGGUACAGCUGAAGCGCUAAGCUAAGGAGAUAUUCUAGGACCCAAAGUCUAACUUUGCUUUGUUUCUUUGCAGUUUAUGACGAAAAAUUGUUUGAAAAGGCUUGGCUGCACGGCGAGUGGAGAGCAAAGUAUUCUUGAUCAUCCGUUCUUUAGGGAUGUCGAUUGGAUCAGAUUAGAAGCGAGGCAAAUAGAACCUCCAUUUAAACCGGAUAUAGUAAGUAUAAGAGGCGAUUGUCCAAUGAUUUACGUACUUUUCCUUUGUGGUGUAGUUUUGGGGAUAAGGUCCAAAAAAACUGCUGAAAGUGGAAGUUUUUUAAACAAUGAAACUCACAAAUGUGAAAGUUUUCGGGACGAAUUUGUAUUAUCUAGAUGACCAAGAUUUCCUUGAUGGAGCAGUUUUUUAUUGAAUGUGGAGAGUAUUCCGGGUUUACUUGGGUUCUUCUUUACUUCGCUCUGUGAUUGGUUCGGAAGACUCGCGCUUCCUUCUUAACCAAUCAGUGGCAAAACCUUAACCAACUGCGACUCGGCCACUCUCGUUUUCCCGCGCUCCAGGCAGUUGGCGUAUUUUUACUCGGAAUACUCAUUGACCGUUAGUGAUGUUUCCCUACGCCUCGACUAGUUAUGAUAAAUGCACACAAAUCCACAAAAUACGCAAAGUUAUAGUAUGUAGAUGCAUUAUUUAAGCCAUGCGCUGGACAUUUUUUCCCCCCUUUUGUCUCGGGCUGAGUUAUCGACAUGCGCGCGAAUUCUUUGAACUUGUUCCGUACAGGAAACGUUUUUUUUUUUUUUUUUUUUUUUCAACUUUGAAAAGAAAAGAUUAUUUGCUACUAUGUUGUGGCUGGUUUACUGAAGCAUCGUCCUCUGUAGAGCAAGAAACUGUGUGUCCAUAUUCGCUCACACACUAUGAAAAAGUCCUUUAGAACUCGAAAGAAGAAAGUGCCAUUGUGACAAACCGGUCUACUUACAAAUUAGUGGAGUGACAGAUUUUUCAUGUCUCGUCUUCGGCAACUUUGUAAUCUUCCCUUUGCCCACUCUCUUGGCCAAGCUCAGUUUUUUGUUCAUACUCAUUUCCUUUCGGGAUACUCAUAAGCGAGUUCAUUCCGUGAGCGCUGAUGUCGUUCUCUUCGGAGAAGGCUGCGUAUUCCGAAGCAAACUUUUUGUACUGCUCGUUUUUCUCGCCCUCAUCGUGGACCGCUUUCUCCAUCUCUUUCUGAAAUUCCCUCAUGGUUUCUGUAGAGGAACGUGCCGAUUUUAGCGCUUCGAAGCUUUGGUUUAGAAUCAAGCAUCUGUGCGAUGGAAUACCUUCAGGAUCUUGCUGGCUUGGUGGAUUUCCAUCCAAAGUGCUAAAUCGCCUGGUUGCUGUUUUUUUCAUUUUGAAUUUCUUCUUAAUUUUUAGCGGUGUAAAUUUAGCCGCUCAUCUUAAGCUUAGAAACUUCCGUCAAGACAUUUGAAGAGUAUUUUGUGGACGUUAAUUGGAGCGUUUGUUGCGUCAUAAACCAAUCGUUUCGCUUUCGUUUCAUAUCCGGUUGAGUCAUUUUCAUUGGUUAUUACGUACGCGCGAAGGUCAAGGCUUAAUCGAUAAGUGACACGGUACAAGUCUCAGUGGAGGUACUGGGACUAGCCCUGCGGAAUCUAGGUACAUUUGGACGCGAACUGGGACAAAGUACGUCCAGCGCACGUAAGUUAGCGAGACUUCCCAGCGAAUAUUCCAUAAAAGUAAUGCGGAGCGGGCGAUCUCUCUUUUUCAGUCAGCUGUCUUUUCAAUUUGUCAUCGCUUAGCUAGGGAGAAUAACGUCUUUCGUAGGAACUUAACAUUGGAAAGAUUACCUCGGAAAGAUAAGUCAAACCUUAGAAUAAAAGAUAGUUUUUCCUUCUGCUCAGUAACAAGCAUGAACUCGACCCAGUUUUUGUGGGUCGGGCAGGUUCAAAAAUCCUGUAGCGGCAUGUUUGUCUCCGAGAGCCAGCUAAACCCAGCCCUUCACUCCCUCUUCAUACCUCUUCUUUAACGCGCUUCGACGCUGUUUUGCUGUGUGCGCCAAGCACGAGUCGUCUGAUUGUAAAAAGUUUGUGAUGUACUUUGUCUUUGACCUGUGGAUGGUAAAUGACAAAUUGAUCCCCACCCGGAACUGAAUCCAAAGGCAAUUAGUGCGAAAGGAAGGCCUGAAGUAAGAAAGAAGGUGCCUCCUUCUUUUGUUUUGUUUUGUUUUGUUUUUUUUUUGUUUAGAUAUUCCGCCCGGGUGCGAGGGUCAAGGCAGAUCCUGGCAAACCUUUGUCCGACUCUUCUUAAAUCUUCCCGCAGGGGGAGGACGCGCAUCCUGCAGCGCACAUAAUGAUGGCCUACUUGUAAGCUACCUAGCAACGAACCUAAAUCUUGGGAACGAGCUAAACUGUGAAAUUUUUGACAAAUUUUUGCUAGAGUCUGUUGGCAUGUUAGCUGUUAUACAGCACGUGUUUUAGACUCCAUCUGCUAUGUCAAACUUCUAAUCGUAAGACAGAAGCCAGUUUAACGUGUUUUUUUUUCUCCCCUUUGCAGCGUUCGAGAACAGACGUACGGAACUUCGACACGGAUUUCACAAGAGAAGACCCAAAAUUGACUCCGACUGACAAGAACGUCACCGCCAACAUAAACCAGGAGGAAUUUAAGGACUUCUCGUUCGUCAACCCACUGUUCGUGAGCGACAGACUUGUGUAAUAGCUGCAUAACUUUACAUUGUACAUAGAUAAAAACAGCAUGAAAUGAAGAAAAUUUGAAAUUCUAUCGCGAAAUGAAAAAAAUUUUAUCUUUUAAGAACGUGAUCCAACAAGUGUAUUUUUUAGAUUUUAAAUAGCCGUGAUCUGUACGCGCUGAAGUGGUAAAGUUGCGUGAUCUGUAGCUGUGUAGCAGCCACUUACUGCGAAGUGGUUUCAGCGAGUUACAGCGCUUUUUCUUGUCACGCAACACCUCUUAGUACUCUAGGCGUGGCGGGCGUGCGUUAGGGGAACCACAUGUAAUGUAUCAUUCAACACAGAAAAUUCCAUAUUUGUUCUAUACGUAAAAAGCUGAAGUUAGACUUCAAUCAUGGUAAAUAACAUUUGAUUUUGUUUUUGAUUGCGAAGUUAUAGCGUAACGUAACGGUUAGAUUUACGUAGGAUUUUAUUUUUCAUUCGAGCUUUGCAUUAUCCAGUCAAUUUGUGCAAAGUAAAGUAGAUUUUUAUCGCAACAUUCUUUACAGUUAUUAAUGAACGGUCAAAUCUGUAACGUCAAAGCGCUUGUGCUUGUCCAAGUCGAUCUUCGUUAGGAAGUCGAUAAUAGAAAGUUGAACUCGAAGUAUUCCUAAGCCUGCCAACGUUUUCUGUAGCUGUACUUGGUUUUCGUUUCUUGUCCGAUCAAAACACACGUUUCAUUUCGUUGAAAAAGCGGCGAAGUCUUUCCAAUUUGACGUACAAUUAUCAGUUAUUUUGAUUGGUUAAGAAGCUCAGAAACUCAUUAAAAGACGUAAAACAUUUCUUUGUAUCAGUAGAAUCAUUGCGAAAGUAACGGCUGACAAGAUUAUUUUUUCGUGAAUGACUUGUGGACUUAAACAGAUCAUCUUUAAAAGUGUUUUACGCGACGAACGCUUCGAAGAAAAUAACAGGCUUGUUAAAUUGGGCGACGAGGAUUGACUUGUACUUUUUUAUUUUUGCUUGUUGAUGCAUCGAAUCAAUUUUGAGUUAUUUAUUGUGCAUAAUUUCAAAGAAAUACUAUCUUCACGCGAACCAGUUUCAUUGCUAUAAAUUAGUUUGCCACCGUAACUUUUUAUUUGUUAAAGUAUUGUUACUGUGGAUAAUCCUUAAUACCCGUGUAAUGUUAGGUAAAGUACUUUGUAUCUGAUCCAAAGGUUGAAUUGUUUUUCGCUAGAAGAAAGAUUUUAAAAUGUACAGAAUUGACUCAUCCCUAGUCCCCAGGUGUCUUCGCCAGCACGGUCAAACCUGGUCCUUAGUAAACUCUGACGUCACCGAAGGAACACUUCUCUCGUGCGUUUUGGUCACAAGACUCUGCAUGGUUCCGUACGGUAAGCAAAACAGUACGAAACGCUAAAGAACCAGGCCUGAUUCAUGGUUAUGAGUAGACUUAAGUCCAAAGAAAGAGUUAAGUUUUUUAACUAUUUCGUAUUAUUUGUGAUUAAUCUAAGGCUCUGCUGGAAUGAUUCAGUUUUACCUUCACUUUUUAACAUCAAUUUAUAAAGAAACAGACAGGGACUUAAAAAGAGAACACGAUUUUCAUCCAGAGGAUAGUGUUUCGUUAAAAAUUCAGAUUCAUAGAACUUGCUCUCCAAGAAUUAUAAGGUAACAAGAAAAUAGAAUUGACAAUCAGGCCAUAGGAUUGAAAUCUUUAUCGAUGAAACUGAAACUUGAAAAUGUGGAUGAGUCAAAAUGAUAACCGCCAGUUGUAAAGGAUUAAUGCAGAAACGCGCAGAUACAUUGACUUUGUUGAGAGAUGUGUUUCGUCCUGAAUUUGAUCUGAUCUGAAAGGCACUUAAAGUGAAACGGACACCCACCCGCCAUUUUCAUUAUCUUGAGAUAUUUUGCGAGUGUUUUCCAGUGAAUAGUGAGAUUGCGUAAAAUUAAAGGACUCGUGGUAGCCUUGACCCUUUAACUCCUGAGUGACCAAGACAGAAUUUCUCCUUACAAUAUCAAUACAAUAUCAACCAGAUAAGUGAUGAGAAUAAAGAAAAAUGUCAAUUUUGGGUAGUUGAUCUAAUACUAAAUUCUCUGUACUAACAUUAUAAGAAUUGUAUGAUCGACUGUAAGGAGAAUUACAUAUUUGAUCAGGGAGUGAAAGGAUUAAUGAUAUAUUCUCUGUUUUUCGCCAUUUUCGUGGGUUGUUCCAUGUGUUUACAUAUCUUUGCCAUCACUUUUUUAACUGCCUGAUGAACGGAACAAGAAAAAAUUUAGAUUUAAAUUUGCCGUGAGCUGGGCGUCAAAGACUGUUAACUGCUGGGUUGUGGAGUGUAAAAAUUUCUAUCUUCUGCAAGCUUUACAGCUUGCCAAAUUUUUUAAUCAUUUUAAAAAGUCAUUAGUUCUUUUGAAUUUCAUCAACAUUUAUUCCUAGCUCAGUAUGUAAAAUUACUUUAAUAAAAUUAAAAAUUCAAACCACAUCAGCGGCUUGCUUGUUAUUGCGUCC